AGGGUACUCUUAUAAUCGGGUUCGUUAUUCUUUCCUUUCCUAAACAAAAUAAAAGACGAACAUGGAGGACGCCGAAGCACGUGUGCGAAAUGCGUUUAACACAAUGAUGUCGGGAAUCGACAAAGAUAUAAUUAGGCAGAGACAGGCAGACAUGCAUACCUGUGCAGCUAAGUGUUAUAGUGAUAGAAAGAGUCCAAUUGAAGACGUGGAAAGAUGUGCUCAGAAUUGUAAUGCCAAGCUACAGGAAGCAUCCAGCUUUGUUCAAAGAGAAAUAGAGGGCUUUCAGCAUCGUAUCACAAGGUGUGCAAUGGAUUGCCAGGAUGCCGCACGAGACCGAGUUUCCCCGGAUUCUAAAGAGAGUGACGUUAAAAGUUUCCGAGAAGACAUGGAGAAGUGUGUGGUCUCGUGUGUUGACACACAUAUAGGAUCCAUACCGAAUCUAGAGAAGAGGCUACGAUUAGGGCUCACCAAGGGAAAAUACGACUGAUUCAGAGGAUCUGUGUAGAGAACAUUCAUAGUUACAAAAUUAUAAUUGAAUUAAUUCGAUUAGAAUACAUAUAUGGUGUAUGUAAUUUGUCCAAAAAAAUUACUGUAGAUCAGGUUUUAUUCACAAUUUUUUGGUGGAACUUUGUUCUAGUACAAACUCGAAAAAAUUUAUUUCUUGUGAUAUUUUGUACUGUUAGUAGUGCAUGUAUCAGCUGCAUCCAAAACAUUUUUGUUGUGUAAAAUUCACAAGUCGAUCAUGUACAAAUGAAUUCUCGACUUGCAGUCAAGCUGAAUGUUUUGUCCUAUCAUUGAAGCUGAAUGUUUUGUCCAAUCAUUGAAGCUGGAUGUUUUGUCCAAUCAUUGAAGCUGGAUGUUUUAAGAAUUAAACAUGUGCGUUGGA